AUGGUGUUUCUGAACUCCGAAGGCAGGUCAGCUAAUAGCCAUGCGCCUCGGGACUCUCUAGAGCUCGCUUCACUCGCCUCUUCCUCGCCCGAAUUGGACGCAAGGUCCUCCGGCUCCUCCCCCUCCGGUAUUUCGUCCUCCCGAAAGCUCUCCCUUGAAGAUGAGGAUCCUCUCUCGAAUUCCUAUGCGGCCACAAAUUUCGACUCUGGGAGCCUAGAUCGGCCCGGUCAUACUCGGUAUCAUCUGCGCGCGCCUUCUGCGCUUGACCGUGAAAGCGGGGCCGCCGAUGGCUCAUUGGAAAGGAACAAGACGUUAACAUACUUGAAUGGCCUAUCCCUUGUGGUCGGUUUGAUCAUUGGCUCGGGGAUUUUUUCAUCACCAAGUCAGGUCAAUGCCAACGCGGGCUCCCCUGGCGCGUCCCUCAUUGCAUGGGUAGUUGCAGGUCUGCUGGCAUGGACUGGAGCGGCCAGCUAUGCAGAACUAGGAGGAGCAAUUCCGUUGAAUGGUGGCUCUCAGGUGUACUUGGCAAAGAUUUUCGGAGAAUUGGCAGGCUUCCUCUUCACCUGGUGUGCUGUUCUUGUGCUGAAGCCAGGCAGUGCUGCCAUCAUUGCCAUCAUAUUUGGGGAAUACGCUGUGCGGGCUGUGGUCGGUGCUGAGGUCGAGCAGGUUAAUCCCUGGAUUAACAAAGCUGUCGCAUUUGGAGGAGUAUUGACGGUGACCUUGCUGAACUGCAUUUCCACAAGAUUAGCCGCACGCAUCGGUGACAUAUUUAUGUUCUUCAAGUUCAUCGCCUUGCUUGGAGUCACCAUCAUUGGCGUUGUCGUGACGAUCACGGGCCUCUCAUCAGAUGGGAGUGCAAAUGAAGAAUGGAAGUCGGGUUGGUUUAAAGAUACUAAUCUUGACAUAUCAGCCUGGGCGGUCGCAUUGUACGCCGGCCUUUGGGCUUUCGACGGCUGGGAUAACACUAACUACGUGACUGGCGAAUUUAAAAACCCCAAUCGUGACCUCCCGCGUGUGCUUCAUACUGCGAUGCCAUUGGUCAUUCUCUGCUAUAUACUCGCGAAUAUCUCCUACUUCCUAGUCCUACCGCAUUCGACCAUUGAGGUCAGCAACACCAUCGCUGUUCAAUUCGGCGACAAGGUGUUUGGAAAAGCCGGCGCUCUCGUCUUCGCGCUCAUUGUUUCUGCGAGCUGCUUCGGGGCGCUCAAUGCAACGGUUUUCACCAGCGGGCGAUUGGUCUAUGCGGCCGGCAAGGAAGGUUAUCUGCCUUCAAUAUUUGGCAACCUCUGGACUCGAGAAUAUCCCGCAACCAAUCGACUACAGCACCGGUCAUGGGCUCGUCAAUCUAUUUCACGCCUUUUUGGUGAGCGCUUUCGAAUUGGAUACACACCAAUCAAUGCCAUGGCCCUGAACAGCGCGCUCACGUUGGUAUACGUCAUUGUCGGUGAAUUCAAAACCUUGGUCACCUUCUACGGUGUCGCGGGCUACACAUUCUAUUUCCUCACCGUCCUGGGCCUGAUUGUGCUCAGGAUUCGAGAACCGUACUUGGAGCGACCGUACAAAACAUGGAUCUCAACUCCUAUCAUCUUUUGCUGCGUUAGCAUCUUUCUUCUCAGUCGAGCGGUCAUCGCAGAGCCCUUGCAAACCUUGAUUGUUGUGGCCUUUAUUGUUGCUGGCGUUCCGGUUUACUACUGGCGAAUCUAUCAGCGUGAUGGUCAGAUUACAUUGCCAGGGUGGAAAUUUUGGAAGUCAAGGUGA